GUUGCCUUUGUUAUCAUCUACAAAUACUUGAAAAGUCCUCUGUGCUUUCCUUUUUAGAAAACGUGGUUCGGCAUCACGUUGAAUUUAAUUCUCUCGAAAAUAAAUAUACCAUUUGGGUGUAUCUAAACAGGUAAGAAAAUGGUGGCCGUAAAACCUACAAAACUCGCAGAGUCUAAGAAACUCCCUGCUGUGCCAGAAUCUGUAUUGAAACGUCGCAAACGGCGUGAUUUACAACGCACUCGCAGAAUCCAAUCCCUUGUUAAGGAAAAGGCUAAAAAGUUAGCUAAUCGCAAGGAAUACUUCGUCCGUGCUGAGACUUACAUGAAGGAAUACAGACAAAAAGAGCGCGAUGAAAUCCGUUUAUUCCGUCAAGCUCAAAACAAGAAGAACUACUACAUCCCUGCUGAAGCCAAAUUAGCAUUUGUCAUCCGUAUUCGUGGUAUCAACAAAGUAGCCCCUAAAGUACGUAAAGUUCUCCAAUUGUUCAGAUUGAAACAAAUCAACAAUGGUGUCUUCAUCAAAUUGAACAAAGCCACCAUCAACAUGCUCCGUAUUGCUGAACCUUAUAUCACAUGGGGAUACCCGAACUUGAAAUCAGUAAGGGAACUGUUAUACAAACGUGGUUUUGCCAAAAUUGAUGGACAACGUGUACCCAUUACUGACAACACCAUCAUCGAAAAGAAAUUGGCUCGCUUUGGACAUAUCUGUAUGGAAGAUCUUGUCAAAGACAUCUUCACAGUUGGACCCAGUUUUAAAUACACAUCGAACUUCUUGUGGCCCUUCAAACUGAACACACCAACUGGUGGAUGGCGUAAGAAGACUGUGCAUUAUGUCGAAGGUGGUGACUUUGGUAAUCGGGAAGACAAAAUUAACAGCUUGUUGAGGAAUAUGGUUUAAUAUAAAACUAUAUGGAAUAUAUUUAAUAUUAUUUUCUGUUAUCUGUACAAUGUAAUGCAAAUA